AUGUUUUAUUUCAACACUGACACCAAGGAGACAAGUUGGCAGAAGCCCAGUGCAGCAUCAAGUUCGGAUCCUUGGACGGAGCACGUCGAUCCUGAUUCUGGCCGCAAAUUCUAUUACAACAGCACAACGAAAGAGUCGGCGUGGAUGAAACCAGUCAGUUUGGCUGAUCGGAGCGUCGGAUACCAAAAAGGUCCUCAUGUGGCAAAGAGCAAGCCGCUGGCUCCGGGUGCCCCGGGUGCCCCAACAGCACCACCGCCUCCUCCAGCUUCACCGACAAGGCCCCCCAUACCAGCGCCAGGGAGAAAAGCCCCCAGCCCUGGGCCUCCUGGCCCUGGCCCUGGGACUCCGCCUCAGUGGGAGGAGCACGUGGACAGCUCUGGCCGGCGGUUUUUCUAUAACCCCGUUACCCAGGAGAGCUGCUGGAGCAAGCCCGGCUCAGCCUCUUCGGCUGUGCCCCGUCCGCCGGCUUCUCCCGUUCCUCCUCCUCCGAAGAGGUCCGAUGGUUGGACGGAGUACAGAGACCCAGCUAGUGGCAAGCUUUUCUAUUUCAACGCAGAGACGAAGGAGACAAGCUGGCAGAAGCCUGGUGACACAAAGGAGUGGACCGAGCACGUAGAUGAAUCUGGCCGAACCUUCUACUACAAUUCGCAAACCAAGGAGUCCUCCUGGUCAAAGCCCAUCGCCAAAGAUGACUGGGAAGAGCAUGCGGAUCAAGCCACAGGACGAACGUUUUUCUACAACCGGCAAACUGGCCAGAGCUCCUGGGAGAGACCCAGAGCUGAUCACAGCGACCCUGGGGAGAGCCUGCAGCUCAUGUGCUUCGAUUUCGACUGCACGAUUGCUGCCAUCCACGUGUUCGAGGAGCUCUGUCGGCGAGGGGGCAUCGACGGCCCUUCGCAGAAGGCAAAGCUGGAGAUCCAGUGCCGGGAAGAACCGGAGUUUCCAUCGAGGAUCUACGGCGGGCCUGGAAGGUUGCAGGAGUUGAGGAACUUCUUCCAGAGCCUGUUGCAGACCCCAAGGCGGAAGGUCAUCGUGAUCACCACGGGCUUUGGGAACGUGGUCGAUGCAGCUCUAGCCAAGGGUGGACUGCGGAAGUUCUUCGCAGAGGUCAUCGGCAGAGAGCAUCCAUUGUCGGAGGCGAAGCAGGGCAGAAAGGACCGCAUCAUAGAAGAACUCCGGCGCAGGGAUGGUCUCUCUGCAUGGCAGGUUCUAUUCGUCGAUGAUGAUCCGGGCAACGUCCUCCCUGCAGCUGAGCAGCGCCUUUGCCGCACGGCUUGGGUUCCGAGACCUGUGGGUGGUAUGGACAGCAUGAUGCUAAGGCUCAUCCGGGAAGCAGCGGACGAUGAAACGGGAAAGCGCAGCCGUGGCAUGUUCCGCGAGGACCUCUCCCUCGCUGCCGGAGCGCCCUCGGCCGCAGCCUCCGCCCGGACACUCGUCAAAGACUCUCUCACCUGCCGGUGCCCUAGUUCCAGCGCGCUCACCAUGAACCUGCCACUGAAGGGGCUGGGAGAGCUGGCCGUCGUGCUGGGCACGCCUGGAACAAGCGCUGAUCCGGGCAUCCUGUCGUCCCAGUUGUCAAAGGUGCCGGAGGACGAAGAGAUCGAGGAAUCGAUGCCGCCGAUGGCUUGGAAGCCCAAGGUCUCCGUUUCACUGGAGCAGUCUGGUGGGCGCCAGCUCACAGAAGACAUCGACGCCAUCAUCUCGGAUGUGGUGAACCAAGCGAUCGUGAAGAAAGCGAUACAAGGAGCAGUCUCGUCAUGCAAAUUCUGCGUGACUAUUGCAGACCCGCGUGGCAAAGACUUCCCCCUCAUUGCCGUCUCAGAAGCCUUCGAAAACAUGACUGGCUUCAAGAGGAGUGAGAUACUUGGGGCCAACUGCCGCUUCCUGAAUCAGGGGUGCCCCAUCUCGCCGUCGGAUCUGGUUGGUCUCAGACUCGCCAGUGAACGUGGCUGUGCCUUUACGGCCCUUCUCCCGAAUCGCAAGAAGUCGGGAGAGAUGUUCAUAAAUCUUCUGGACUUGCGGGGCCUGACUAUUGCGACUGAUGUGGAAACCAAUGAGGAGCUUUGGUAUCUCAUAGGGAUCCAAGCUGACAUCACUGGACUCGGGGAUCGCAACGUCCCAGAGGACCACAUGGCUGAGCUCCAAGAGAUUUCUUCGAUGAUCCGGAAGAAGCUGGUCAAGGAGAUCUCCCUUCUGGCCGCCGAAGCGACGGUCGGCCCAGACCAGCCGGACCGCCAGACGACGCUGUGCAGCACCGUCUCAGAUCCGCAGAAGCUCACCAGAUCCUUCAAGCUCUUGCAGGAGCCCGCCUGGCGAAAGGGAUCGCUGAGUAAGCAGGCUGUGCUCGAGAUGGCUUCGAAGCUUGAAAAUCAAGCUCCCCAGGCGCGGCCCUCCGUCCCGAACGCCGCUCUCGCGAAAUGGUCGAUGUUCUCCGGAGUUUUGAAGUUUGCAUUUGGCCGCAUCGAGCUUGGACCAGAUGGUUCCAAGGUGGACUUCACGUCUCCGUGCUCGGACGAGGCUCCAGGCGAGGCACCUGAGGAUGCCACCGUGUUCACAGCUGUUUUCACCUUCACUGUCUGUGCGAGCUUCGAUCUCAGCGGGAGAGUUAGCCGAGAGUUAGCUCGCGAAGGGCAGGACUAUCAGUGUCAGAAGCGAGUCUUUGAAAAAGCUGUCCGAAGUCGGAACACUGUUGCAAAAGUCACAUGCGAGACCAAGAAGGUUGAAGCCGCUCUGCUGAUCACAGCUCCUCUUCUGGCCUCCAAGCAACAUAAGUCAGAUCUGCUGAGACCUCUUUACCUCAACAACCUAAAUGGCCUGCUCUUUAUGCGUGACGGCCGCAGCGGGUGCCGAGGGGACAUGGCACGCGCCGACAAUCUCGCCUGGCAUCCUGUCGCAGUUGUUUCAAGCGAUUUUCAGAGCAAGUUGACCCUCACGUUCUCUGGCCUGCGGGCUUCGCUCCUUCCAGAUACCGGCAUGAGAGCUACACCCAAUUCCCACCAGAACCUCCCCUACCGGGACUUGAGAAGCAAUUGCCAGCGAAGGGAGGAUCGGAGCCGGCGGGCGGCAGAGAGGGCGUCUCUCCAGCGCAACUUCGAGGAUGCGCUCGUUCGUGUUGAGGAGCUGGAGCGGGACUUUCAGUCGUUGGCGUGGCAAAGUUUCAUCGAUGCGACAUCUGAUCAGGAGCCCCCUCGCACCUGGUCCUGGUGGCAGCUGGUGGCUCCACUGCUGCCAGUGGCAGCUACGGCCUUCAAUCUGCAGGCCGCACUGUGCGCGCGCCAGAAGGGCUGCUGCAAUGACUUGCUCCUUGGCGAGGCCAUGCUGACCUUCCGCCGUGCCCAGGACAAGAUGAACACGCUGCUGUGGCUCGGUACCUUCCAAGGCAGCUUCGCUCUGGCCCCGCACACCGUUGAAGGCCGAUACCUACAAGGAGAGGCAUGGAACGAAGAGCUCGACAGGUCUUGGAUGGAGAUGUCUCCAGUGGAGCAGGAUAGACAGCAGGUUCUCUAUGCGUUUCGGUUUGGUGAGCGGCUGUUCGACCUCUUCGGGCAAGCGCUCCACCAAGCACUCACAGGUCUCUGGCUGGCAGACACUCGGGAACCUACCGGCCGGUAUCCGGCGUCGAUAGUUACCUUGUACGAGCUCGCGAACAUUCGGACCGUAGAUGCCGGUUUGAUGAGGUGGCUUGCAGAUGGCAUCUUUCGCAACAAGUCAAUCGUCGAGUUCGGGGCGCUCAAUGGUGCUAGCUCCGAGUGGCUCAACCGCUCUGGGGCAACGAAGGGGGCUUUGGCCUUUGACGGCGCACCUCGUGUGUCUGAGCUGACGGAAGGACGAGUGGCAGAGCAGGACCUCACGAAACCUUUCCACCUGCUGCGGAGCUUCGACUGGGUCCUGUGCCUAGAGGUUGCCGAGCACAUCCCGCAGGCCAAAUUGCCCGUCUUCCUUACCAACCUGCGUCGGCAUCUAAGCCAGGGCCUGGUUCUGAGCUGGUCCUUCUGCGACGUUGGCGGCGAAGGCCACGUGAGCUGCCGCAGUCCCGAGGAAGUGAGAUCCCUCCUGUCUCGGUUCGGCUUGGUGGCUGAUGCAGAAGCCAGCGCAGCUGCCCAGGCAGUUCAGGUGGAGCGAUGUGUGCUGUUUUCUGGAAUCGAGGACCACCAGGUUGCAUAUGCACAAACCACAAGCCAUAAGAUGCUCCAGGCAGCCUCCACAGUCUGGUGGAUCUCGCGCACGGUCCAAGCCCGGAGCCUUGCACCCUUGAAGGGCUGGGUCAGCGUCAUAAAGCCGCAGACACAGGUGAAUGCUGCGAGUGCUGGCGGACACCAUCUUUUGUUACUGCACUGCUCCACUGCUCCUGCACGACUCAAUGUGGCCAUUUACAUGAAUUUGCUCACCAGCAUUGCUGGACAGUUUUUCGUGUGGACGUUUGAGCUGGGCUCUGAUUCAGUGUGUCGUGCGCUGCAGCGGUCUCCGGUGCCCUUGCGAUGUGUAGCAUCUGAAGUUGCAGCUGCGCCCAGCCAGACAGUCGGGUUACCUCUCCCUGGAUAUGAGCCAGAUGGAGCCGAACACAGCCGUGCACUGCGGAAUCUGGGUGCGGCCGAUGUCGCUCGGGUACCGCAGAUGAAUUCCGCAGAGCUCCGCCGGCUCGCCGAGGCCGCAGUCUCGGCCGGCGCGUCGCCCGCCCUCUGGGCGGCUCUCGCCCUUCGCUGCCAGGAGGUGGGUUCUCGAGUAAACUACUGGGAUGCAGUGCACAUUCUUCAAGCCUUCACGGCUGCAGGGGUGACGAACCCUGAUUUGUUCAUGCACCUGGCUGAUGUCUUGACGGACAAAACCUCGAAGAUGGCUCCGAAGCACAUCCUCGAUGUGCUCGCUGUGUACGAGGCCGCUGACCUCCGUCCGGCAGGGCUCUACGUGGAGCUGCUGCAUGCCAUCGUGCGGCUUGCUCGGUCCAUGUAUGCAGAGGAGCUCACUCUCACUCUGCAAGCCUUGGCUCGCUACGGACUGGGGAACCCAACAGUUGUUGCUCAGCUCAUCCGUGCCGUGCAGAGCGAGAUCAAGGAGUUCAGGCUUCGGUACCUUUGUGCCACUGCUGGCGCACUGGGGACCAUGGAAGUCUGCCCGGAGGAGCUAAUGACUGUACUCGAUUCGCGUGCGCGCUUCGAGGUGGAUACCAUCAACGUGCAGGAGCUUUUGGACAAUGUCCAGGCUUUCCCGCAGCUGGAGUACUCCUGGCAGCCCUAUGAGGAGCUCUGCCUGGCGGAGUUUCUCCAUCGAGUUGCCCAGUUCCGCACUGCGGAGGAGGUUGACCAGAUGGUGGACCCCUUUUACACGCUGCUUUUUCUUCAAGCUCGCGGCCACCUUCAUGAAAACUACCUACGGGCCCUGACUCAGUGGUGCCUGCGAGGUGUUCAUCGUCCCAAUGUCAGAUCCGAGCGGCGGCCCACAACGGCACAGCUCGUAACCCUCUACGACUACUGUCGCGAACAUGGGCUGGAAGACGAGCCGGCGUUGAACGACGCUCUUGCCUACUUUGUGGAAUCUGGCGGUGGCAAGUGGCAUUCGCUGUAUGCUCGCCCUCUAGCCUACGCCAAGAAGCGCAGAUACUUCCGCACGGAGGAUCCCCUGGAGGGCGUCGCUUUGCCACAGCUUCCAGGCUCCCAAGCAGCUUCGGCGAAGCCGAAGAUCUUGGAUGAGGGCCUUCCCGGUCUCCCGGCCUUGCCGGCAUCGCCCUCCUCAGUGGAGGAGGCGGAGGAGAGCGAGGAAGCGGAGGAGCUGGACACGGUGCGCAAGAAACCUUCUGAAAGUUCUCCGCUGCUCACGAAGGGAGAGUCCAUCGUACGGGUCCGCAAAAGCUCUCGGCGAAAAGUGGCACGGCCCCGCAUAUCUUGGGAUCCUCUACGACCGCGGUUCCGAGACAAAGAGCUGCCUCAACCUUUAUGGUACUACGGUGGCUGGGGCAUGCGUCCAAAGUAUCAACCAGGCCGCAGCCUGGGGCGACGCUACCCUUACGCUGGUGUUCCGAUCGGACCACGGGGAGGUGCCUGGCACAAGCGAAGGUGA